UUACGCUUCAUUUCUAAGCCUACUGUAAUCCUUCCCUCCUCCGUCGUCUGAAUUCAAAAUUUUCAGAGUUACUGUUGGUAUAGCCAUAUUGGAAAUCCUAAAUUCUGUUGAGGGAGGUAGCUCAUUUAAUGGAGCAGUAUGAAAUUCUGGAGCAGAUUGGGAAGGGUUCAUUUGGUUCUGCCUUGCUUGUGAGACAUAAACAUGAAAAGAAGAAGUAUGUUUUGAAAAAAAAUCGUCUUGCUCGGCAAACGGAUAGGACCCGCAGAUUGGCCCACCUGGAGAGGGAGCUUAUUUCAAAAGUACAUAAUCCAUUUAUAGUGGAGUACAAAGAGUCCUGGGUAGAAAAGGGUUGCUAUGUGUGCAUUGUCAUACGAUACUGUGAAGGAGGAGACAUGGCAGCAGCUAUUAAAAGAGCCAAUGGAAUUCAUUUUCCUGAAGAGAAACUUCGUGAGUGGCUAGUUCAACUCUUGAUGGCACUUGACUACUUGCACAAAAACCAUAUUCUUCAUCGGGAUGUCAAGUGUUCAAAUAUAUUUUUGACAAAAGAUCAAGACAUACGGCUAGGUGAUUUUGGUCUGGCCAAAAUGCUCACUUCCGAUUAUCUAGCUUCCUCUGUUGUUGGAACUCCAAGUUAUAUGUGUCCCGAGCUUCUUGCUGAUAUACCAUAUGGUUCCAAGUCAGAUAUUUGGUCUUUAGGAUGCUGCUUAUAUGAAAUGGCUGCUCACGCGCCUGCAUUUAAAGCCUUUGAUAUACGGGCACUGAUUAACAAAAUAAAUAAGUCUAUUGUGGCUCCUCUUCCAUCCAUGUACUCUGGUGCAUUUCGAGGACUUGUUAAAAGCAUGUUGCGGAAAAAUCCUGAACGUAGACCGAGCGCUGCGGAGUUGUUAGGCCAUCCUCACCUUCAAACUUAUGUGCUUAAGAUUCAUCUAAAGUUGAAUAGCCCUAGAAGAAAUUCUUAUCCAGCUGAAUGGACCGAUUGUAACUACAUCACGAAAACUAAAAUCUUUGAGGCAGAAGGUAAUCCCAUCUUUUAUAAGAGGGACAAAAGGCAUUCAUUCAGCAAUGACCGGACUUUGAAUCCAAGUAUAUCGGGAACUGAAGAGGACUCCUUGUGUUCCACACAAAGAGGGCUUGAAUCUCCAAGUUACUUGAAUCAGAAGUUUGCGGGAUUAUCUGUUGGCUUAGUACAUGACGAGAUUGGUACUGAAAAGCCAAAUGCUAAAAAAUUUCCAAGCGUUGCAAGAACCCCAAAAUGUACACCAGUAAAAUUUUCUACAACUCCAAGGAGGGUGGGCACGCCAUCAAAGUUUCCAGAGUCACAUACUCCUGCAAGCAGAUCUUCCAACCUGACACGAAGGGUGUCUCUUCCAUUUCCUUCAAGAACUGCAGCCUUAGGCACCCCAUAUAAAUCCAACGCUGGCCUACUUCGCUCAACGGAGUCAUCAGAUAUCUCUGUCAAUGCCCCACAAAUUGACAAGAUUGCUGAAUUCCCUUGGGUCUCUUCAGAAAUCCCCCUUCAUCCCAUCAGUGGAAUAUCAUCAACAUCUGUGCACUGUUCUUCCACACCUGCUAAUGCUGACCGCAGCAUCACAAAGGACAAAUGCACAAUCAAGAUUCUUGACAGAGCUGUUAGCAGGUCAAACUUUACUGAUGCUGGUCAUGGAGUAGCAAGAAAUGGAAGUGAAUACUCAGAGCAUAAUCCAACUGCAGUUGUUUCAAGUCAUUCAUCAUCUGAUUCACGACUGCGGCGGUUCGAUACCUCAUCUCACCAGCAACGUGCGGAAGCACUAGAAGGUUUGCUUGAAUUCAGUGCGGUUCUCUUACAAGAAGAAAGAUUUGAAGAGCUAGGGGUGUUGCUAAAGCCAUUUGGUCCCGAGAAAGUUUCUCCUAGGGAAACUGCUAUUUGGUUGGCCAAGAGCUUUAAGCAAACUGCUUGUAGCUGACAACAACAAUGCCUCAUUGUUGUCCCAAAUUGUAAGAAGUGGUCAUAAAGGCUAAUGGUAUUUGGAUUCUAUUGUCAUUCACACUAGAAACCAGGUUUCUUCAUUUAAUGUCAAUGAUGAUUUUGCUGGCUAAUCAGUCCUCUGUAGAGUGUAGCUUCAUAUUGGUGGAGAUUGUGAUGGACUGUAGUUGAUUAGAACCAGUAAGUAUUGAUGUAUUAGGAAGAAAAUGCCAAAACAUGUUUUCUUUGAUAAUGGCAUGUGCUUGGUUUAACUUUCAAGAGAUUCAAUGUUUAUCUGCGUGAUCACCAUGUGAGGCUUAAUUCUUCUUA